AUGUUCAACGUGCUGAAGUACAUGGUGCCGUCGUUUGUCAUAGUCCCGAUGUUGAAGAACCCAUCCAGCAGUGUGGAAGUGACGGCACAAGUCCACGCGUCCGUCAUGUUUAUCUCCAUUGUGGGCUUCGACGAGAAAGCCAGAUGCCUCUCAGCCGAAGAGUUGCUCAGAUUCCUGAACAGGUCCUUCACGGAGUUCGACAACGUGUGCCAGGCCCACCAGGUCACUAAGAUCGAGACGUGGAAGGAGGAAUUCGUAUGCGCGGUCGGCGUCGUUCCGUCCGACGUGGCCGAGAACAACAGAAGUGGGCACAGCGAGAUCUUGGCCCGAUUGGUCCUGGCGGCGCUGGACAUGCUGAAUAUAGAGACGACGCCUGGAACCAAUACCACAGGCGCAUCCACUAUUGCUUUCAAGGUAGGCAUCCACACGGGUCCCGUCGUCGCCGGAGUGGUGGGCGGGAAGUUGCCGCGGUUCCGCCUGUUUGGGGACACCGUCAACAUGGCGGCGCGCAUGAUGCAGAAGGGCGUCGCGGGCCAGGUGCAGUUCGGGGAGGAGACACUCCGAGAACUUCCGCAUUGGGCAGCCAAGCACGUGGCACGGCGGGGUGACGUCGCGAUGAAAGGCAAAGACGGCCCCGUGGCCGUCUACACGAUCAAGGGCACCAGUGAGGACCUGCAUUUGGAUCGUCCUGCCGCUGAGCGGACGGUCUCCUUAUUCGGGCCCAUCAGCGGACGAAGCCCAACGGACGACGCGCGUUCAUUGGCGAAGACUGGCAUCUUAGGCGCCCUGCUCGGCAAGACUGGGCCCCGGCUAUCCAUCAGGACGCCACGACGGCUUCCUCGGGAGUACGUGGCGGCGACGGAAUUCGAGAAGAUGCUGCGCGAGAUGGGAGUGCGGCCGGACGAGACAGAGUUUGCCAAGGGCGGACUGCGACGAUUCCGCUGCCUGGGAAGAUGUUGCCGUCCUUGGGCAGACUUCCCUGAGAAGGCGGAGGAUGAUUUUCAAGUUUGGUUCCACGAGCACAAGACCUGCAGGAAUGUUGUCAAGCGCCUGGCGUACCACGCAACGAUACUGGCCUCGAUGAGUGUCUUCGAGUUUGUGUAUCUGCUGUACCUCUUUGAGGCGCUGGACAUGAUGCAAGUGUACAUCUUGUGCCGCAUUAUCUGCUGCGUGAUAUUAUUCGGCGCGCGGGCAGUGAUGAUCCACUCUCGGUUGGGUCCGUCUCGCCACCGUCGCGUCAGCACGAGCGUUGCAGCUGUGGCCUGGUCGCGUUGGCUGGGUCGGCGGAUUGGGGUCGAUCUGCAGUGUGGCAACCCUCCUGUUUAUAUCGUAUGA